UGAAGUACGAGACUGAAUUCAAUCUCACCACUGGAGAUGAUUGAGAGCCAUUGCUUUCCCUCAGGCAACAAUGGGUGUAUAAGCAGCGGAUGAGUAACAAUCAUCCAGUUGCACAAAAAGGGGGUGAACAGAGUCCCGUGACAACCAUAAGGGGGCUUCACCAAAGGAAAGCACAGGCCUUCACAGCUCUGUCAAGCAUUGUGGUUGCUGCCUAAGGCAUGCAAGGCUCCCCACCAGCUUGGUCUUUGCUAACCACCUCAAGCCCAUUUCUGUCAAUCAAUCCCAUAAAGUCCAUCUGGUCGCCAACCCUUUCCUACACUCAACUUCAUCCUCGCGCAUCGACGCAUAUCCUUCUACCUAAUACACUACUCAGAUGAUGUUUGCGAUCAUCCGUCAUCACUGAGCGCACUCCCAUCACUGUGUCAGCGCGCCCUUUAUCGGCGCGUCAGUCCGCGAUUCUUCUCUUUCUCUUCCUGUACAAAUACAACUACACUUUCGCAAUCUCCAUUCGACCGACAAUAGACCUCUGUAGUCAGCUUCGCGGCGACAAUAGUCAGCAUGUCGGGCUUUGGAGGCUUUGGGGGCUUUGGCUCCAAUAAUAAUACUCAAUCGACGGGAUUUGGUGGAUUUGGGUCAACCCCAGCUACGAAUACAGGUAGGUCGAGCUUUUUCUUUACACCUUGAGCUUUUCUCCACUUCCGCCGUUGCACCUUGAGGACGCUGGAAACAUCAACACGAAUCGAUCACUUACUCGAUCUUCUUCUCUGCGGCAUAGGCUUUGGCUCAACCCCAGCAACGACCGGCUUUGGAGCAUCGAAUACAACUGGUGGUGGACUCUUCGGCAGCAGCACUGGUGGUUUCGGGAACAGUGGAGGUACGUCGACUAUGAUUUACUGCGCACUGGGGUCUCUGUUCGAAACGAUUGCUUGCACUCUCGUCAUCUUUAUAUCAAUCUUCGCUGUCUCCUUGUUCCAUUUGCCCUAAUCUCCUUUUUUCUUCCUUCACGACCACGGAGUCGCUUCAAAUAAAUUGUCGAACCGACAAUGGGAAAGACGUCGCGACGUAUUAAGCCUCGAGGACCACUGUAAUUGCCAUCGCUAACUUCAUUAUUAACCAUAGGUGCCUUUGGCUCAACUAGCUCUGGAUUUGGCGCGGCCAAGCCAGCCUUCGGCGCUGCGAAUACUUCAUCUGCCGGUAGCAUAUUUGGAGGAGGAUCUACGACAGCAACGACUGGUGGAGGAUUUGGAUUUGGACAAACCCCACCUGCGACAACAGGCUUUGGGGCUCCUGCUGCCAGCACAGGAGGCCUUUUUGGCGCCAAACCAGCAACGUCCUUCGGAGCCGCUAACACGAAUCCUUUCGGAGGUGGUACUAGCACUGGAUUUGGCGCAGCGCCAGCUGCCAGUGGUUUUGGAGGAGCGCCUGCAUCUACUGCUUUGGGAGGUGUUACUGGUACUUGCGAAGGUACAGCGAGCACUCCUUUCCAGCCAUUCGUUGAAAAGGAGCCCAACAGCAGCAACAAUCAGCAAAACUCAUUUCAAAAUAUCUGUUUCCAACAGCCAUAUCAAAAAUGGUCUCCAGAUGAGUUGAGAUUGGCAGAUUACACGGGUGGACGUCGUUAUGGCAAUGGUAGCAACCAAGCUGGUGCCUUUGGAACGAAUACAGGCUUCGGUGGAUUCGGCGCAUCCAAUACAGCGUCCACUGGAUUUGGAGCUACAAAUACUGGUACAGGUGGCUUGUUUGGAUCUGGUGCUGCGACGAGCUCACCAUUCGGUACCAGCCAACCUGCUGCAACUGGAUUUGGCGCUAACACUGCCACCGCUGGAGGCGGAUUGUUCGGCGCUGCAAAGCCUACCACUGGUUUGUUUGGAUCAACUCCAGCCCAGCCAGCCAGCAACUUGUUCGGUGCCAACAACACCACAAAUGCUUUUGGCAGUCCAGCAGCUGCAGGUGGAUUUGGCACUAACAAUACUGCUGCUGGUGGAUCAUUAUUCGGCAAUACAGCCACUGCAAAUAAACCGGCAUCGGGAUUUAGCUUUGGUAAUUCGCAGCCCGCUACCACAUCUGGGUUUGGCUCAGGAACCACCACAGGUUUCGGAGGAGCAACUGGAGGAGGUUUAUUUGGUGCCAAUAACAACCAACAAGCACAAAAUACAGGCAGCCCUUUCGGUCAGCAGCAACAGCAGCCAGCAGCCAGUACUGCUUCCGGAGGCUUCGGUGGUGCUCAGGCACCGGCCGCAGGAACAUCUCUCUUUGGUCAAAAUCAAGCAAAACCUGCCGGAGGUCUUUUUGGUGCCACUAAUACUGCUGCUCCAGCUUCUGGAGGCCUGUUUGGCAAUACAGCUAAUCAACCUGCCCCCAGUGGUGGAUUGUUUGGCAAUGCCGCUGCUCAACCACAACAGAAUUCUCUCUUUGGUGCUGCUAAGCCAACAGGCACAUCCUUAUUUGGAGGUGCUGCUAAUAAUACACAACCUAGUACUGGUGGUGGUCUGUUUGGGGGUUUUGGAGCACAGAAUCCAAAUAACAAUCAGCAGCAAAAUUCUGGUGGGUUAUUCGGAAAUUUGGGUGCCAACAACAACCAAAAUAAGCCAUCAUUGUUUGGAAAUACCCAAAAUCAAAACUCUGGUGGAACCGGUCUCUUCGGAAAUAGCGCUUCUCAGCCUCAACAGGGAGGUGGUGGCUUGUUUGGAGGGUUGGGACUUGGAAACUCGCAGCAAAACCAACAACAAGCCCAAAAUUCCUUCGGUAACUCUCUUCUCUCAAACUCGCAACAAAAUCAGCAAAACUCGCAGUCUCUUACUGCAAGUAUUAGCGACAAUGCGGCAUAUGGCGGUGGAUCCUUGUUUGGUAGUCUUGCGAACACUUCGACCAACAACCCAGGACCUGUUGCAACACCACUCUCUAGCAGUGUAAAGCGCAAGUCGACGACCGCUCUACCAAUGUACAAGCUGAACACAGCAUCAUCGUCGCGUUUUUCCACUCCACAGAAGCGCCCAGGUGGAUUUGGUUUUUCGUACAGCCAGUAUGGAACUCCUGGUGGAAGUCCUUCAAGCAACUCCAGCACUCCUGGUGGCGGUGCCUUUGGUACAUUUGGACGAAGCACCCUUAGAAGCAGUGUUUCUACCAAUAACCUUCGUCGUACUUUUGGUCCAGAAGAUAGCAUUCUCGCACCAGGUGCAUUUUCUGCAAGCACCAACUCUAGACCAUAUGGUAGCACCGGUAGCGUGAAGAAACUCAACAUCAACAGAAAUAUCCGGAAUGAUCUGUUUACGCCACCGACUGCUCAACAAUCUCCAGCCGCGCCUUCAGCGGGAAUCUUGAAGAACAAACGCGUAUCAUUUGAAGCUCACGCUACCAAUGGUGUCGGUGUCUCAAGCCCACUCAAGCACAUCACAAAUGGAUCAAGCCCUAGUUCGGAAGAGCUUGGAUUGCUACGCCCCUCGAACCCUAGCGUAAAUGGUACCAACGGCAAGAGCUCUAGAUUAUCUAGAGCUGACUCCCCUGAGAUGGAGCAAACAUCAAACAAUCAACUUGCUGUAGUAAAUGAGGAGCUUACAACCACUUCUUCCCCCUCGAAGCCUAUUCCUCAAAUGGAUCAAGAACCAGGACGAUACUACAUGAAACCAACAAAGGAGGAAAUCAUGGCCCUCCCUCGGGAUGCCCAGAAGGCGGUCAAAGAUUUCACGGUUGGUCGGGAAGGAAUUGGCCAUGUCACAUUUCAGACGCCAGUGGAUUUAACUCGCUUCAAUUUAGACGAGAUUCCAGGCGAAAUUAUUGUGUUUUCUAUGCGUUCCUGCACCGUCUAUGCGGACCCCUCCAAGAAACCACCAAUGGGUCAAGGCCUUAAUGUCCCUGCCAUUAUUUCGCUACAGAACUCCUGGCCUCGCAAGCGGGAUGGUAAGACACCAUCUACUGAGAAAUCCGGUGCCCUGUUUAAGAAACACGUGGAUCGUUUGAACCGAGUUCCCGACACCGAAUUCCGCUCAUACGACAAGGACACAGGCGUUUGGUCAUUUUCUGUUGAGCAUUUCACAACUUACGGCUUUCCUGAAGAGGAAGAGGAGACUGAUGGUGAAGGUCUGAGCGAGCUCGAACAAACCACUCUCAGUAUGGCCCAAGAUACGCCCACCCCCAGAAACAGCCAUACGCACCUCGAUCACUCUUUCGCAUCCACCUCCCAAGUUACCCAUACGGAAUCCGAACCUGAAGAUACGUUUGAUUUCAAGCGGAGAAAGGUUCUACCUGGGGCUUUUGAUAACCAAGAAGCAUAUAUUGAUGAUGAGACCAUGGAAGAUGAUGAAGAAGAGGCAUAUGAGGAGUCUUUUUUAGAUGAGCGCUCCGUGGGUUCUCAGUCGGAAAAUGGCGUCGAAGAGCCUAUGGAUCAAGACGACGAAUUCCAAGACGAAGAAUCUGUCAGCACUGUGGAUCAAGAUAUGGCGGGAUCUUAUCCUGAGGUUGACAACACCGCGGAGCUUGAAGACUCGCAGGAUGACUACGAUGAUAUGGAUGGUGAGAAUAAUGCAUUGGUCAGAGCAAGAUUGAGAGCCUCUCAGAAGGCUGCAACACCCAUGAAGAAAUUUGCAGCUGGUAAUGACUGGACAGCCGCCUUGGUUAGGACAGUCAGCCCCAAGAAGCAGGAUCGUGCAAUGUUGAAGAGCUUGAUUCAAUUUCAGGACGAUUCGCGAUCAGAGUUUCAGCCUUCCCCAACAAAGAGAGGAGCAACAGAUACUCGUGGGUUUGCUACAAGCAUCGACUUGAUGAAUUCUUUAUUCGGCCAAACGAAGAGUCCGAUCAAGCCUGCAAUGGUCCCUACAAAAGCAAAGGGUUUUGAGGUUGGUGUCCCAUCCUGUGCAUGAUGCGAUAUAGAUGAAGAUGAACAAGGGCCGGUUGUUGCGCCCGCUCAUGUAUGUAGCAAUUAAUAAAAGAGAUUUACUAAAAUAUUCUUCUCCUAGUGGCCAUAUGCGAAAAUUCCCAAAACAUCCGACAGUGACAUGAAAGACAUGACUGCGAUGGAUCGCCAAUUUUACGAGUCGUUUAAACCAAGCUGGGGUCAUGAUGGUACAUUGGUAUAUUCCACCCAGAUUGAUCCUGUCGCUCUGAACAAGUCUCCAAGUAGGAGACUGGAGAACAAUGGCCUACUCGCAGUCCAGAGAGGAGCUAUAGUUUCUGAGGGCCGAGAUGUUCGUUUUGCUAAAAUCUCUAACGAAGUAAGCGAUAUUUCUUCUUGUCAUUGGGCGAUCAAUGCUGACUUACCAGAAUUCUGCCGAACACCUGCAAAUACAACAGAGCUUCACAAGAAUUGAUACAGCCGACAAUGUUCCCUAUGCAGAGCUACGUGGGGGUUUCCAACUGUCGGCCUUCUGCGAUAAUCGUGCAACUCGCGAUCCAGCUGCUAAUCACGAGAAGCUUGUUUGGGAACUUGCCAGUAUUCUGUGGGAUCCGAUUAUGGUCCCAGAACAACUGGAACAAGUUCCUUCUAUCCGGGAGCGUAUUCGGAAGGACAAGUUGUCAGCAUUCUGGCAAGGAUUGGUCAGCCCUGCGUCGAACCGAACUAUUCCUCUCGCCAAGUCCCAUGAGGAAAAGGCUAUAGCCUCCCUUUCUGCGCACAAUGUACCUGACGCCUGUGCUUAUCUUAUUGCUGGCAAGAAUUUCCAUUUGGCGACCCUGAUUUCCGUCAUCGGUACCAAGGAUUCUAUUCGAAAGGACAUCAAACAACAAAUUUCUGAUUGGAAGCAAUCGAAAGUGCUUUCUGAGUUUAGUCAGCCAGUUCGAACCCUUUAUGAGCUACUGGCUGGGAAUGUCUGUAUUUGCGAUGGUACCGGUAAAGUUCCUGGCGAGGAUCGUAUCGACUCGUUCAUUAUUUCGAAACGAUUCGGACUUGAUUGGCGACAGGCUUUCGGGCUUCGUCUCUGGUAUGGAACUCUGCCCACUGAGCCGAUCGAAAGUGCUAUUGAGAGCUUUGCAACAGACCUCAACGCCGCCAAGGAGACGACCAGACCACAUCCUUGGUAUGUUGAGGAGAAAGUACCAACUCUUUGGAAAGACAAGGAUCAAGCAGAGCGAGAUGAUCUACUAUGGGGACUUUUGAAAUUGCACACAUUCCAUAAUGUUUCAAUCGACGAGGUUUUGCUACCCGCAAAUUCUCAACUCUCGCCGCUGAAUUUUCGACUAACCUGGCAACUAAGUCAGGCCCUUACAUCCGCCAAUGUUGUUACCCUUGUAGAUGAUUCUAAACCUGACGAGAUUACCCUAUCUUUUGCAGCUCAACUCACAAGUGAAGGAAGCUGGCUUGACGCAGUAUUUGUCCUUCUUCACCUGUCGGAUAGCGAUGUUCGUAUCAAAUCCAUUCAAAAGCACUUGGCUCAAUUUGCUGGACGUAUCGGCUCUGAAGAGAGUCAAAGCUUUGUUACUCUGACAACGCAACUCAAGAUACCUGCCCCUUGGAUCUGGAAGGCAAAGGCUCUGUACAUGCGAAGCGUUGAACGAAAUCCUCGUGCCGAGGUGGAGUGUUUGAUCAAAGCUGGUUCAUUCAACGAGGCUCAUCGAACUUUCGCCAGAGAAGUAGCACCAAAGAGCAUUAUCGAGCUUGAUUAUGACGUUCUCCAAACACUUCUUGAUGGAUUCAAAGGAAUGGAACAUACCAUUUCUGAAUGGCCGGUUGGUGGGGAGGUCUAUUUGGACUUUCUACAAAUUGUUGGCCCGAACUUGUCUGAUGCUGAUCAAAUAACUAUCCUGGAUAGGCUGGUCAAGAGUCUUCCUCGUGUGGUGCAGGCUGAGAGCCAGCCAAGUUUUAUGGAGCGAGUGGCGGUGGAAACCAUCAGUGCGACUGUUGCGAAGAAGAUUGUGGCCAUGGGAAAGAGAGGACAGGUGAGUUUCCAUUUAAUCUAUUCUGAAUGACACAUGCUAAUACAUCUCAGCGAGUGGAUUUACCAAAAGUCUUGGAGUUGCCACUUACGGAGGAUCGAUAUCUGAAUCAUACUGUUGAUCUCAGCAUUCAGUACUAUCGGAGCAUUUUUGCGAAAUAAAUAAUUCUUUUCUUUUUUCUCUUCUUUUCUGCUUCACUAGUUUUGCCUCGAGCAGGAAGCUUGUUGAGGUGGACUUUGGACUUACUUUUUCUCUCAAAUCUUCCGAAGAAAGGGAAUCUUUAAAGUUGGCCGGAUGGAUGGGCGUAUGAAGUAAAAAUGAUGGUAAUAAUGCGGUUGGUGGUUGGUCACGCUCGAGGGGGCAAUGGGGGAUGGAAUGGAAAUGAAUGGAGGGAAAUUUGAGAGAUCUUUGAUGGAUGGAUGGCGAGUAAGGGAUUGAGAAAUGAAGAAAGAAGAAAGAAAGCCUUGGGAGAUCAAACAACCUUUUUUGUAGAUUAGUUAGUUGAUGGAUGGAUGGAUGGGGGGAAGGGGGAUACAGUAAAAGAAAUGGUUGUUUCCUGGGCUGGUUGAUUGGUGGUUCAUCAUUUGCAUUUUGUAGCGUAGCAUGUUUGUUGAAUUAAUUCAUUUUGCGG